CACAACAGAAUACUCAUGCGAGAUCAUUCGAAACAUAAUUUCUUACCAAAACAACACAAUGAGGCAACUGCGAUUUCGAACUGGCCCGGCAACAGCUCCGGCGGCAGCCAGAAGCUCCGGCGGAUCAACUGGAAAAACCCGGCAAUUUUUUCGGCGACGGCAGAAGUAGCCAGAAUCUCCGGCGGUGGUCCCGGGAGUCGCAGAACCACUCCUGGCGACCAGAACCCUUUUCUGAUGGCGGCAGUUCCGACCGAGGCGACGCCGGUGACGCGAUCGGUGGCCAGGCACGGUGGUUGGGUUCCCAGCACACCUUCAGAUCUCUCUGUCUCUCCUGCUCGGCGUGACUGA